UCCACGCAAGUGUAUUGUGCAGCUGAAAGAAGAUUCGCGCGUCUUCUGCACGGGGCCGCUUCACCUGAACCUUAACAGUAGCCCCGUCGCACGAUAGCACGCAGCCAUGUAAACCAAAAUUACCAAAUCCCUCCUUUUCUCCUUCUAAAACCCUCCCAAAGUCCCUCUCUCGUUGCUCUCUUUCGAUCAUUUCCUUUGUAAUUUAUUAUUACCAUGACAAAACCGCUGGCUCUGAUCAAAGAACAUGCUUCGAAUCCCAAGUUAUGGGUGGUGAUCGGCGUUACUGUAGCGGGAAUCGUGGUGCUGGCGGAGACGCGGCGGCGGAGGCGGAAGGCGAUGUUGAUGAACCGGGAGGACUUUGGAGCAUUCGUGGAAAGAUUCCAGAUUCUUCCUUUCCCUCAACCUCCUCCUCCUGCCGCCAAGCAGUCUCUCUCUGGUCUCACAUUUGCCAUCAAGGACAUAUUUGAUGUGAAGGGUUAUGUGACGGGGUUUGGGAAUCCUGAUUGGAGGAGAACGCAUGAUGUUGCUGAGAAGAUGGGGAUGGUAGUUACUGCCCUGUUGAAGAAUGGGGCUACUUGUGUUGGCAAAACUGUUAUGGAUGAAUUAGGAAUGGGGAUAACUGGUGAGAAUAUGCAUUAUGGAACUCCUAUUAAUCCACAAAUGCCAUCAUUUGUCCCUGGAGGUUCUUCUAGCGGUUCUGCUGUGGCUGUUGCAGCUGAGCUUGUUGAUUUUGCCGUGGGUACUGAUACAAUUGGUUGCAUUAGAAUUCCAGCAGCGUUUUGUGGAAUCUUUGGCUUUCGACCAUCCCAUGGGACUGUAUCUAUGAUUGGAACUAUUCCAAAUUCACAAAGUUUGGACACCAUUGGAUGGCUUGCACGUGAUCCUUCUGUAUUACAUCGUGUUGGAUAUGCUUUACUGCAAUUGAAUAAUGUGGAAACCAGAAGAGCGAGGCGCCUUAUAUUUGCUGAUGAUCUUUUUCAGCUUUCUAAGGUCCCCAAGCACAAGUCCGAAUAUGUUAUUAGCAAAGCGAUUGGAAAUCUGUCUGGGUACCAGCCUCCAAAGCAUAUUAACUUGGAUCAGUAUAUUGCUUCCAAUGUACCGAGUCUUAAAGGGUUCCGUGGAGAAUCUACAAACCUGGAAAAUGGAACAUCUACUCUGAAAGCUCUCUCUUCUGUGAUGGUUUCAUUACAAAGAUGUGAAUUCAAAACAAACCAUGAAGAAUGGGUUAAAUCAGUGAAACCCAAGUUAGCACCUGAUGUCUCUAAUCAUGUUGUUGCAGCUAUUAAUACUAAACAGGAGAACGUAAAGACGUUAUACAAAAUCCGGACUGAGACGCAAGCUUGUGUUCAAAGUCUCUUAAAGCCUUCUUGUUGGCAGGACGAUGGAAUGUUGGUUAUUCCCACAGUUGCAGAUCCUCCCUUUAGGCUUAAUGCAAAGAAAGGGUAUCCUGCAGAGGCUCAUGAUAGAGCAUUGAUACCAUCAAGCAUCGCAAGCAUGUCUGCUUGUUGUCAGGUUACCGUUCCCUUGGGAAAGCAUGAUGGUUGCCCCAUCUCUGUUUCAUUUAUCUCGUACCAUGGAGCUGAUAAGUUUCUUCUUGAUACUGUUUUGGACAUGUACACAUCUCUUCAAGAGCAAGUUGAAAUUGUUUCUAAUUCUGCACCACUUCCAUAUACCAAUGGAAAUAUGGAUGCCUCUGAACUUCUGAAAGAAAAGGGGAAUGCUGCAUUUAAGGGAAAGCAGUGGAAUAAGGCUGCUAAUUACUACACUGAAGCUAUUAAAUUGAAUGGAAAAAAUGCAACUUACUAUUGCAACCGGGCAGCAGCUUACUUAGAAUUAGGAUGCUUUCAGCAAGCUGAAGAAGACUGCAGCAAGGCAAUAUCACUUGAUAAAAAGAAUGUUAAGGCAUAUCUGAGGCGUGGAACAGCUAGAGAAUCACUUGUCCGCUAUCAAGAGGCUGCUCGAGAUUUUGAGAGUGCUCUUGUUCUUGAACCACAUAAUAAGGUAGCUAGUCUUGCUGAAAGAAGACUCAGAAAACUGAUGAGUUGAUGUUUUACUCUUUUCUUCUCCCCAUUGAAAAAAAAAGUAGUACAGCAUUGUUGAAGAUUCAAUUGAAGGUGUACUCUCUCAAUAUACACAUUUUGUGUAAAAGAAACAAGAAGAAAGAGACGUGAAGCUCUCUGUUUGUGCAUACCUUUUUGUUCUAAUCAAUGUAUUUUCACUUAAAAAGGCUUCCUCGGUUUUUGUUUUUCCUCAUCAGAUGAGAUUCAAUACAACAGUGAAAAGGCUGUAGACUAGAUGAUACCCAAAGUUGCUUUUUUGUUCUGGCAAGAAAGGAUGCGGAUUCUUAUCAGAUAGAUUUUAAUACGUAUACACUACCUCAGCUUUUGAACACA